AUGAAUCAAAGCGAAAAUAUUACAAACGAUUCAAGUGUUCAAGACAAUGAAAGUAAUGAUAAUGAUCAAAGUGAUCAAGAAUUGAUAUCUAAUAAAAAAAAAUCUUUAUCGAAAUCCAAACCUAGCUUUAAAAACUCGUGGCUUAAUGAGUUUAGGUGGCUUCAAUAUGAUAAAACUUCUCAACGAAUGUUUUGCAAAUACUGUAAACGUUAUAACAAAUCAAAUGUUUUUGGAACUACAGGAUCUGUAAAUUUUGGUCGAAAGAGUUCUGUUAAAGAGCAUGCAUUUUCCGAUCAACAUCAAGAUGCAAUAAGACUCGAAUCUGCUGAAAAAAUAAUUGAAAAAGAGUCGGAACAACUUAUAGAAAAAAAUAAAGAUCACAUUAUUGGUGUUUCAAAAAUCGUAUAUACACUUGUAAGACAAGAUAUACUACUAGCAAAACUUCCAUAUUUUGUUCAAUUAUCUCGUGAAUUAAAAUCACCAUUUAUUGCUGAUGGCUCGAUUACAUAUGAAAAUGAAAUAUCUGGUCGUGAAUUUGCUUUUGCUAUUUCCAAUAUAAUUAAAACUGAAAUAUGGAAAGAACUUAGCGAAGCUGUUUUUUUUGGAGUUAUGAUUGACGAGAGUACAGAUAUUUCUAUGAAUAAACAUGUUGAUAUUUAUGUGAUGUAUCCAACUAUUUUUGGAAAAAUAAAGACCCGAUUUUUACAACUGCUUGCACUUGAUCAAAGUGACGCAGCUACAAUAACUACUAAACUAAUUAGGCUAUUCCAAGAUCAUGAUAUUAUUGACAAAUUAAUAGCUUUUGCAUCAGAUGGGGCAUCUGUAAUGAUGGGAAACAAAAAUGGA